CGUAAAGACGAAGUCUGCUCCUGCAGGGCUGGAGGAGAGGUCUCCUUCACCAGGAGCGAGGCUGCCGCGGGCUACUGCGGCUACACGACACCGGAGCUCACAGCGCAUGCAGUUAGUUUAGCUGGAAGGGUGAAAAUUCAUUUAGCGUUGCGAACUGGACGACGUGUUAACUAGGAGCCGAACACGAGCUCGGUGCGAGGCGGCGUUAGCUCCGCCGGUCAUUCCGGGUGAAGUGGAUGCGGCUCGAUGGACUUUGCUUCUCUUCUCUGAACGCGGGAGAACCAGCGAGUAAUAUGUUUAUGCUCAGGGCUUCAGCUGUCUGGAUUUGUGGAUGGUGAGUCUACCUUGAAGGACAGAUCAGCAGACAAAGAAGCAUUUGGGGGGAGCCAGUGAAGUUUACCCUGAAGCAAGCAGAGUAAAGGUGCACACAGAGACUUUGUUAAAAUGGGGGCUGUGGUCCCCAUGCCUCUCUCUGAUGGAUGCCGGCUCAUGCUGUGGUCAUGCCGGACGUGAAGGCUCUGCCAUGUGAGUACUCCCAAGCAGGCUCCCCUGCUGGCUGCAGCAUGGACCUGGAGCCCUGCCUCAGUGAGCUGCCAGCCCCUCUAUCUGUCCUUGGCCCCCCGUUAUCUGGGUAUCCCCACCACAGCACACCUUCCUUCUCCAACGUGGCCGCUCCGGCAGGUCACUGUCCUCCAGGAUGCAACAACAACAGCCUUCUUGGAAACCUGGGGCUCAGGUACUGCUCGGCCAGCAGUGUGCAACCACUCAAACAGCCCGAAUCUCGAGUGGGGCUCUUCUCUCAGGGCUGUGUGAACUCCGGCAGCAACCGAAUGUACCGCAGCCUGGAAAACCUGCACUGGAGUUCAGCACCUGACCCUGGUGUUUACACUUAUAGGAGUGUAGAAAGUGAGUUCAUUCUCCACUGCACCUCCAGCAGUCAGUGGUACGAUGGGCCUCCUCAGGGAUCACAUGUCUACAGUAUGAUGCACUCCCCUGAGAGCAUGGCUUUCUACCCACGCCGUAACCUGACAAGAAAGGACUUGCCUCUAUUCCCUCAGUGGCUAUUCCCUACUGUGGAGGACUGGGGUGUAAACGGAAAUGGUCGUAAAGGCCUGAGAGAUAAGCUCCGCCUCCAGAGCGCUCGUGUCACCGAACCCCACAAGCCCCUUCGGCCUCAGCCUUUGCCCAACAAUAUCUCCCAUUCUUUUUAUGAUCCGGAAAUGGCAUUGCGCCAUGGUCGGCCCUCUUCCCCAGGGCUAGUGAACAGCCAGAGAGAGCUAUGCGCUCGUCGCAUCACCAGCCCCGAGGAGAUCAAGCAAGAAGUUUUACGGCGACUCCAGCUGCGCAGACAGAGGAGCACACCUAACCUGGCCCUCAGCUCAGGUCAGGAAGCUAACCUCAGCAAAUCUUACACCACUGAGCCGGUCAACAGCAUUGCCCAGUCUGCUCUUGAGAGGAAAAGGCCGCCGAUGGGUCGCCUACAUAUCCCAACCUUCGAGGAGUUUAAGAGAAUGAGGCAGCGAGAGAGCAGUCAGGGUCUGGGCCUUUUCACAGUGCCAUCUGGUGUAGGAGCUGGGUCUGAAGGCCACAGUGUGGAAAAAGUACAGACGGUUAAAGAUAAACUACAGACAGAGGCUAAAACUGAGGCAGAAAUUGGGCAAAACUGUAUAAUCACUGAAGAUGCAGCCCAACUAUGUGGUUCCAGUGGCCAGGAACUGACAGAGGGCAGUUCUUCUGCAGAGACCACAGAUGGACCCAUCUGUACAGGGCCCGUGCCUCGCUCUCCUCUGCACUCCCAGGCUGCUGCCACCACAGGAGGAGCACAAGUCUAUGAAGCUGGGGGCACUGGGCCUACAGAUAUAGCUCUUCUCCCUUUUCCUCCCCGCAGGGAGAAUGCCGAAGGGGCAUCUAGCUGCUGCCCCGCUAUCCUCUUAGAUGGGACAGAGCUCUCUAGCUAUGGAGCCAAGAUCUACAAGAUGAAGGAGGGCCUCCUCGGAUCAGCCCUGGACCUCAUAAAGAAGAGCUGCAGUGCAGACAUCAGCACCGAAGCCCCCAUCAGGCUGUCACGUGACCUGAAUGACGGCGAUGACAUCAUCACUCCCCAGCCCAGCCGUCAAUCUGCCCACGUUGCCAUGACAACGCCGGCCUGCGGAGAAGAGGCUUGCACCGAAGCCACAGGACGAGAGGGAGAAGAGCCUGCAGAAUUCCUGGGCACAGCAGAGAGCUCUGUCACGCAUGCACCAGAAAAAGCUCUGCAGGCAGCUGCGUGGCACACACAACUGCAGGCAUGCAGCGGUGUGCGCAGAGCCGUGGCUCAGAAUGACUCCCGCGCAGGAUUAGAGGCAGGUUUCAUCGUGAUCUCUGGGUCAGGAUGCAGGCGCUCCAGCUCAGACGCUGCCUAUGAACCGGCCGAAUCGGUGAGGGCCCAGCGCGAGUGUCGUCUGCGGCCCCACUACAGCGACCCCAUGCCCGCUGAUGCUGCCAAGCGCAAGCAGCUGGAGAUGAAGAUCGCUGCAGCUGCACGACUCCACAGUCAGCGGCGGGACAGAGAAAGUGGUGCGUGCAUAGUUAGGGGGCGCUCUGAGCCCAGAGGAGAAGGCCGGAGUGGAGGUCUGGGUGUGAACCGCACAGGCCAACACCGCUGGAGCACAGUUAGCAGUCUGAGCGCGGACAGCGGAGUGGUAGGGCUGAGUGACGAGCGUGAGGAUGAGGAGGAGCCACGGCGGGCCCGCCGCAGUGCUGGAGCAGAGGUGGAGCGAGUGGACAGUGGCAUUGGUUCUGGGCUGGCCCGAGGUUGGAAGAGACCCUCAGCGUCUCUGAAGGCCUGGGAGGCCCACCGGCCAUGCCCAGACUGCGGCAACAGAGAGGGCACUCAAGGAGAGGGAAUGUGUGAGCGCUGUUCAAAGCUACGGACUGAGCGCAAAGAGGCCAUUCUGGAGUUCCUCAACACAGAGUCCAGCUAUGGGGAGGACCUGCGCAUCAUCAAGGAAGAGUUCUACUGCCCCAUGCAGAGUGCAGGGCUGCUCACGACUGAACAGCUGGCUGUGGUCUUUAGCAAUGUGCAGGAGCUAAUUGAUGUGAACGACAGGUUUACAGAGCACUUGCAGGACAGCAUUGACCAGGCUUUUGAUCAGGGAGAUGAGGAUCUGCUAACUGUAUGCAUUGGAGAAAUCUUCUUGGAGUUUGUCAACAUGCUGCCAGCCUUCCAGACCUACUGCUUACAGCAAUCUGCAUCUGUAAACAUGCUUAACACUCUCGAGAAGGAAAAAGAGCUGCUAAGGAUAUUCCUUGAUGUAUCGCAGAAUGAUAACACAGCUCUGCGGCGCAUGAAUCUGCGAUCAUUCCUCAUGGCUCCACUUCAGCGUGUAACCAAGUAUCCGCUGCUGCUGAGUCGAAUCAGCAAGGCCACUAACGAGUGUCACCCUGACCACGCCCGGCUGAGGGAAGCCAAGAGUCGGGUGGAGUCCCAUUUGGAGCACAUCAACAUGAAGACCAAGCAGGAGGGCACGGCAACGUGGUCCCUGCGCUCAUUCCGCCGUGACAGUCGCAAGAACCGUGAGGUCAUCAACAUCGAGAUGAGAGAGAUGUCCAUGAAGACGGUGGGCUGGGCUCGGGAGAGCACACGUUUCAUCAUGGAGGGUCCGUUGCAGCUCUCACAGCCUGCAGAUGGCCAGUGGGUGAAGAAAGGGAGCAAGUCUCUCAAGUUUCAGAACGUUCAGAGUUUGCUCAUGGUGUUCACGCAGCGCAGCACGGAGGGAGCACCUCCAGCAGAUGGUGUAAGAGGAGAGCAGCAAGAGACCUUUGAGAUGGUGCGGGAUGGUGUGCUUGUGUUGAUUAAAGAUAAAAGCAGCAGUAAGUUCACUGUGUUGCGGGAGCCCAUCCGUCUGGCCAACUGUGUGGUAUCCUCUGACCCUGACUCUGACGACACUUUUGAGGUGCUGGACAUUCGCCGUGAGGCCUUUGUUUUCCGUGCCUCUGACAAAUCGCGCACACAGCAAUGGUUUCGUCAGAUCAAGAGGUAUGCCUGUGAUCUGGGACUCUGGAGGAAAAGACGCAAUGCACUCCCCAAUAUUAUGAUCAACACGACCCAGAGCCGCUCCUGAGACUAGGCCCUGCAGCAAAUAUUUUCCCUACUCAGCCUAAUUCUGCUGUAAAUAAAGGAAAAUAUUCAUUCAAUUGACAGUAUUAAAUGAGGGAAAACAGAUCUUAUAUUUCUUUUUCCUAAAGGACUUUAAUUGUGGGGCUUUACUGUGAUGAAAAAAGAACUGUAUAAUGAUUUGGACAAGAGUGCACUUUCUAUAAUAAAACACUGACUCAAAAAGACAAAGAAGAAAAAACAAACUUGCGUGUGAAGUUUCAGCUCUUUGGCAGACCAAAAUAAGGACGUGGUUGGGAACAUCACUGGCCACUGAUUGUAUAAUAUUUCUUAAUGAAGUACGUUUUCAGCAAUGACAUGGUUUUUGGUAAAAAAAAAAAGGAAAAAAAAGAAGCAUGGGUGAAAAUGUUGAAAAACUAUUGAAGAAUGGAAACUGUUAAAAAUGUCCUUUUUAACAAUGAUG